UAAUCUGUAAAAAUGUCUGCCAUUGUCAUUUGUGAAGUAUCCAAUGCUUUUUAUCUUUCCUUGCUCUUCCCCAACAAAGCUUAACUAUUUACUACUACUACUACUACUACUACUACUACUACUGUACACUCCUUAAUCCUUCCCUCUCUUUAAUUUUCUGUCAUUUUUCUGUCUCUUUCUGCUGUUAAUUUCUCUUUUUUUUUCCCCAAGCAACAAUGGUGAUGAAUUUAUCUUGGAGUUUACUAUCAUUUACUCCUGUGUUGAUCACAUUCCUCUUCCUCUCAACCUUCUUAACAUUCUCCCAUGGAGUUUCUGUUUCUCUCUCUCCCACACCCCUCGCACAACAGCUCACUUCAGGGAAAGUAAAUGGAAGUGAGGCAAAGAGUGGGGUGGAACUUUCAUGGGGGAUCACAAGGAGGUCUGUGGUAGAGGUGCCGAUCGGUCAACCUCUGCCGCCAUUGGAGGUCACUACUUCAUCCCUUGCUUUGGCUGCUGAAAGGACUUACAGAAAAGAUCCUCUUAAUGGGUUCAAGAGAUACACAGGAGGAUGGGAUAUUAGGGAGCGACAUUACUGGGCUUCUGUGGCUUAUACAGCAGUUCCCCUAUUUGCAAUUGCUGCUAUCUGGUUUGUUGGCUUUGGGCUUUGCUUAUUGCUUGUUUGUAUCUUUUAUUUCUGCUGUAAAAGGCAGCCGUAUGGAUAUUACCAAAUUGCUUAUGCUACCUCUCUCGUAUUCCUCGCGUUGUUCACAAUUGCUGCAAUACUUGGCUGCAUUGUCCUAUAUGUUGGUCAGGAUAGGUUUCAUAGUAGCACUACAAAAACAUUACAAUAUGUCGUAAAUCAAGCAGAUAUGACCGUCAGGAAACUAAAGGAUGUGUCUGACUCUCUAGCGACAGCUAAACAGGUCGGAGUCGAUAAAGUUUUUCUACCUUCUAAUGUCCAAACUGAUAUCGAUGAGAUAGGAACGAAAAUUAAUUCUUCUGCAAGCACUCUAGCUGACAAGACAGUGGAUAAUUCGGAUGAUAUUCGAGACCUCCUAGAUUCUGUGAGAGUGGCUCUUAUUGUUAUAGCUGCUAUCAUGCUUGUAUUGACAUUUCUUGGAUUGUUAUUUUCAAUUUUCGGGAUGCAGCUUCUUGUUUACAUCCUGGUGGUAUUAGGCUGGUUGCUUGUCACUGGAACUUUCAUUCUUUGUGGUACAUUCCUUGUCCUCCAUAAUGCGGCAGCAGAUACUUGUGUUGCAAUGCACGAUUGGAUGCAAAACCCCACUGCUCAUACAGCUUUAGACGAUAUACUGCCUUGCGUUGACAAUGCUACAACCCAAGAAACAUUGUUGAAAAGCAGGGAAGUUACUUCUCAGCUGGUCGAAGUGAUUAACACGGUCAUAACCAAUGUUUCGAAUAUUAAUUUUUCACCAAACUUUCCAACCAUGUACUUCAAUCAAUCUGGUCCAUUGGUGCCAGUACUCUGCAAUCCAUUUUCUGCUGACCUUACUGAGCGAACUUGCACUGCUGGUGAAUUAAAUGCAGAUAAUGCAACUGAGGUAUGGAGGAACUACGUCUGCCAGGUUUCUCCAACUGGAAUAUGCACUACAACCGGACGAAUAACCCCGGCAUUGUAUGACCAGAUGACAGCAGCAGUGAAUGUGGGCUCUGCUUUGUACAAUUAUGCUCCUUUCCUCGUUCAGCUACAAGACUGCACAUUCGUGAGGGAAACUUUUACAGGCGUUUAUGUAGAACACUGCCCUGGAUUACGGCGAUAUAGUAGAUGGGUGUAUAUAGGGCUGGUAAUGGUGUCAACAGCAGUUAUGCUUUCUUUAAUCUUCUGGGUAAUAUAUGGGCGAGAGAGACGCCAUCGCCUUUACACAAAGCAGAUAAAUGAGGGUGCUGAAACAGACAAAGACUCUUGAGUGUUGAUAGAAGUUUUUUUCUUCACUUUGCUGGGACGGGAAUGCUGUAUUGGCUCUAUGUUGUAACCAAUCCUCGCCAUUCAUCAAAGAAUCCAGGUUCAAAAGUGGUAUUCAGUCAAGUUAUUGCAGCUACUAGUGGCCUUGUAUUACUGGUACAGUAAAUGAGCCUGGCAAUGGCAGUUAGAUUUAAUGUGUGGGAUUUGUAUUGCAUGUUGUACUGUUAAAAGACUUGCAUAAUGAUUAAUGAGAUACAAGAAAUUGUUUUGGAGGGGAA